CUUGAAGUCGUAUUGUGGAAGAGUCAUGUAACGCCAAUGUGGCUUCAGUCGCAGCCGAGACACAGCUCAGAUCACUACGUAGGAAGAGGCUCGUUCGUGGCGAGAGAUGAAGUUCCUGAGCGGGCACGAGGCGAAGGCGAUCGAGGGCGAGGAGUGGAAACGCCAGAAGAGUCACUGGUUGGGUUACGCUGAUGGCUUGGUCCGCUUCUCCCCCGGUGGCUGGGUCCUCCCGACGCCCUUCACCAAGUUUGCUGAUAAAUACUACGACUUUAAGUUUAGGUCAACGGAUGUCUUAGUGCAUACUUGGGCGAAGUGCGGGACGACGUGGACUCAGGAGAUCGUCUGGACAAUGAGGAACAACCCUGACCUGAACCAUCCCAUGGCAGGCAUAAGCGUGAAUGCGCGGGCGCCGUUCCUAGAGUUCGACAUGUUCAUGGCGAUUCCGCGAAGAAACCAGACGACAACUUCCUCGAGACUUUCCACAGACUCUGCCCCGGAAAGGACCCGUCGGAUGGCAUGUUCCUCCAGAUGACCGAGUGCGCAAAGGACCCGAGGACGAUCAAGAGUCAUCUGCCCGCUGUCGUUCUCCCGCGCGCGUCGCUGCUGGAGACCACGAAGGUGGUGGCCGUCCUGAGGAACCCCAAGGACGUGCUCGUGUCCUACCACCACCACUGCCGUCUCCUCAACGCCCAUGGCUACGUGGGAUCUCUCGAGGAGUUCGUCCAGUACUUCGUCGACGAUGACCUGGCCUACAGUCCGUACUGGCUGCACGUGAAGGAGGUGUGGGAGAAGCGAGAACAUCCCAAUCUUCACAUCAUGUUCUUCGAAGACAUGAAAGCGGACAUCAUGAAGGAACUGCGGAGACUCGACGGGUUCCUGGAGACCCGACUCAGCGACGAUCAGCUGGACAACGUCGCGCGACACACGGGCUUCGGUGCCAUGAAGACCAGGGCGGGAGACGGAGGCCCCGCGUCGAAUCACGUCAACACGGAGGUGCUGACGAAGGACGGAGGCUUCUUCAGGAAAGGACAGUCUGGAGAUUGGAAGAACAAGUUGUCUCCUGAGAUGGAAGAAAAAGUGAACAAAUAUAUCGAGGAGAAGAUUAAAAACAUUGGAGUUCCUUUUAAAUUUGUUUAAAUGAUUUUUAGAAAGAUGGGUUAUCAUAUUUUUUUUUUUAUAAGUACUUAUAUUUCUAUUAUAAGUGCUUGUAAGGAAGUAGAUAUAUUUCUAUCGUAAGUACUUGUAAGGAUGAACAGGAAGAACAUUUUUAUGAGGCUGUUUUUGUGUGGUUUCAGGUUAUAUUUCAGGUCAGUAUCACUUGUCAAAGAGAAAAACUUUAAUGUGAAAAAAUUAAUAAAAACUGACAAAAGCA